CCUGCCUGUUUGCUGUAGACACGAUUAUGUUUCGUGUCUGGCAAACCCAUUCAGUACUUCUCACGGCACAGGAGCACAUGGUGCGGUCGCCGCCGUAAACCGUCUCCGCGAGUGGUGCACGCACACGAGUGGCGCGACGAAGAAGUGCAGCUCCGGAAGAUAAGCCCGCCGAGGAAGUGGAGGAAGGAUAAAGAACAAGAAGAUAAAAGCAGAUAGGCGGAGACAAAAAUAAUACUAAAUUAGACAGAAAAAUACGAAGGUGACGUAAAAAUAUAUUAGAUGUGUGUUAAAUGUUCCAGAAGAUAUUGUCUUAAGCAAAUUAAAACAUAUUAAUUAUAUUUAAAAAUAUAAAUAAAAUACAGCAUGCAAACAUGUGUAUUUUAUACCGUAAUAUAAAUAUUGAGAUUUGUAAAGUUAAAAAGAGUUGAAAAAUACAAUAAAAUAAUAAUUUCAAAUAAAUGAAAAGUAAUUACGCCAAAAUAUCUUAUUUUUUGAAAUAAUUUUGAUUUUAAAAUACUGAGCAAAUAAGCAGUGCGUUACCUAAACUGCAAUCGAAUCUUCGUACACGUGCUAAUACGCAUGUACUUUGGCAAGUAAUUCGGCACAUGUCCGGUAGCCAUGUGAUGUGAGAAGUUCGGUUCCGUGCCAAUUAUGAUAGUGUGCGCGAAGCCGUGAACGUUCUUGUCGAUAAAGUUCCGCAAGUUCCGUGCCGAAUGGUGCGUCAAUUCGCGCUCUCUAUUCCGCGUCGCAAGCUGGUGAUCUUUAAAUAGUGUUAUCGCGUAUCUAAACGCAGGCAGACAUCCGAGAAGAUAAAAACAGAUACAAUCUAGAUAAGAUACCGUUCAGAUAAGAAGACAGAAAGAGAAAGAGAGAGAGAGAGGGAGAAAGCACAGUUGGUCAGCUGGAACAGAGUGAUCCACGUUUCCGGAGACUGACUGAAGCAUCAGUGACUUGCGAUCUUAGAAUCAUUCGAGUGAUAUAAAGGUCUAACAAGAGAGACUAGCCGCGAGCAGAAGUUUCCCGUUAUUGGAUGUCGGCGAAGCGAAGAGAGAAAGAAGCGAUUUGCCCGUUCGGACAAUUUUGCGAAUCUCACGGUUUCCCGAGGCCGCUCUCUCGCAUCGAAUCGCGCGAUAAAUAAACCAGGUGAACAAAAAUCAUGAUACGCAUUGAAUGAUUCGUGAUUGGUGACGAAGAGAGAUCAAUCAAAUUAAACGAAGAAAAAUGGUAUACCGGGGCAGUUUGCAGACAGACGAUCCAAGAGAUGCGCCGAAGCUGGUUCGAAUGUCUCCGUUGCGCAGCAGCAGACCCCCUAAUCCCCGGCUAAAUUCGCGGGUUGCUAUCUCCGUCAAGGAUCCGAUCUAUCACAACUCGUACACGGCGCCAAUCGAUAUCAGUCGAGCGCGAAUGAUUGAGGAGAGACGGUUGAGUCGCGAGCGGGACAUUGAGUCGGUCGAAAAAGUGAUUAUGAGAACCACCGGUAUAAAGAUCGGCGCUCCCAGGCUGCGCAAUAUUAAUCAGAUUCGCGAAACUGUCUUUAUGGACCAGUCGUACACGCCGAUCGACAAGAUCGGCAAGCUGGAAUCGAGAAAUCGACCGCGCAGCGUCGCCGUUGGUCUUGAGGAGGGCAACGCCAGGAUAUCGAGAACCCAUAAUUCUCUUCUGGCGGACUUGCGAGACCUGGAGAGAUUGAGAACCACUCCACCGACGCAAAGAAAUCACAAAGGUUUGUCGCUGAGAACAGAAAGAUCGGAACCAAAGUCGGUAAUUUUGAGCAAGAAGAGUGACACGCCGACUUCGGCGAAAAUUCGGUCGGACAUCUUUAGGAUCCAGCAGAUGUUCCACUCAGCAGAUCCCUCGUCUAGAACGGUCACGAAGAGCAAUGAUAGAAAAAUCAGCAGCGACUCGGAGAAGAAGGAGAGGAAGUCUGGCACGGAGAUCACCAGGACCCGGCUGCUGGCGCAGAAACUUUUGGAAGCAUCUAGAAGUAAUCGGGAAUCCUUGAAGGAUCGUUGUAACAAUCCAAAGAACGUGUCGAAUAAAGGCAAAAACACAAACGGAAAAGUGUCGAAUAAGCUCCUUCAAGAGAAACUCCCGGAGAAGGAUUUAAGAGACAAGAAAAAGGAGAAGGAGGAAGCGAAUUCAGGUGAUCAGCCGCGUCCACCUGUUCGUAGAAGGAGGGACUCGAAGAAUCGAAGGUGGAAUGACGCGAAUUAUUCCGCGGACGAGCGUUCACGGGAGUCAGAAGAUCGAGGAGUUCGCAAUCCUGAUUAUGAGGAAGACCGAUGGAACGGGGCAGCAAGUGCGGAAGAGAGUUCUAAGACCAGUUCUAAUCUGGAAAGACCGGAUAUUCUGGACGGGCUGUUGAAGGAGUCCGACCGGCAGCUGACGGAGCUAAAGAACGAUCUUGGUGAGAGAGGACGUUCGCGGAGUCAUUGGCGAGGAUUUGUGCAAUCCAUGAGGCUGCAUGACGUCGAGCUUCACUCCGACAGCGAAGAUCAGCGAAAGGACUUAAACCUGUGGAACAAGAGCAUCAGUCAGCGCUGGCGGAAGCUGCGGCGAAGAUGCUCCAUCCAGGAGUCGUCGGAGCCGCAGGAGGCGCUGAUACAAGGUGGUGGGAAUCAUGGUGUUAUACACGCGGUACGGUCGACACCGGCCAGCAGAGAGGCCUCGCCGGCCGCAAAGAGUCUUCAGGAUGGGAACUCGCCGAAGAAACUGCUGCAAACUAGUUCUUUGAGACUGCCAGGUACGACAAAGGGCAUCGCCGACAUCCAGCAUGUGCUCCGCAGCAAGUUCAGCAAGAUAAACGCCGGUAUCAGGAAGCGAAAGGCCCUCAGCGUGACGGAAGUGUUCCCACAACAAAAGGACAAUGCCUCCAACUUCUACGUGCCAAGUCCACUCACCUCAUCGUCCAGUCAGACCUUCGAAGACAACCGUUAUGACUCGAGCGAGCCCACGUCUCUUCCGCCCUAUCCCUUUCACGAUAAUUUGGAAACUCUGGCGGAGAACAGCGUUCCGAACUCACCUCACUGCGCCAGCCCUCUCACCGCCGGCAACGGCGACGCUUUCACCUACUCCGAGAGCAACUACGAGCAAAAGGACUAUUACGAGAAUGUGACGUUUCUCGCCAGGUCCUCGCCGUCGUCCUGCUGUUCGAGAACCAGGCCCGUUCUCCAGCGCAGCCACUCGGAGAACCGCGACGCCAGCGUGCCCGAUCAUUCUUACGAAAACGUGCGCUUUCAACGGGUCGAAGUCCCGGCUUCGGCAAGUCCUUACAUAGGCAGACACUUAGCCAGAAGCAACUCUGAGACCAGGGAUCACUCUUACGAAAAUGUGCACUUCCAGAAGAACAUCAGGACCAGGAAUCAAUCGGAGCCGUCGUUCGAGGAAAUACACAUACCUAGAAUUACGCCCAGAAAAAGAUCGAUUGACUUCAAAGUCGGCGGUCAGGUGAACAAUUACUUAGGCGAUGCUACGCUGAGCGCCGGCAGUUGUAGUAAAGAGGAUGCACCAUCUAGUCUGACAACGGAUAGAAGUCCUGGUAAGAGAAACCCAAGAAGGCUCAACAGCAGGAGCGUUGCGAAUAUUCCUAGCUCUUCCGGGGUGAACUUGAAGACUUGGCAAGGUACUCAAGACGCAGACGAAGGUUUAAACACGGACUCGGAACUCGAGGACAUCGACGAAGCUGCCGAGGGCGAAGAGUCGCGCUUUUGUACUUUGCCAAGACCGGGCAAGUGCGGUGCAUCCUACACGAUACUGACUGCUAAAUUUCUCAAGGGUCCCGGACACAAGGGACUCGGCUUCAGUAUUGUCGGCGGAACCGACAGUCCUCGCGGAAACAUGGGGAUUUACGUGAAAACCGUGUUUCCCAAUGGCCAAGCCGCUGACUUAGGCACUGUCAAAGAAGGGGACGAAAUUUUGUCGAUAAAUUCGAAACCUCUUCAUGGCAUGACCCACGCCGAAGCGAUCGCCGAAUUCAAGUCUGUGAAGGCCGGGGAUGUCGUUCUGCACGUAGGACGUCGCGUGAACAAAAAGAAGAGGGAAUCACUGACUCUGGUGCCGGUUAAUUCUUCCGCCCCGAGACAGCCUGUCACGUGAAUUCGCACAAAAGUUUCAAUGACAAACAGUUUUUUUACUAUCACUUUCACUAAACUUUCGCAAAUUUCACAUUUUGCGAAUAUGAAUCGUAUAGAAGCAAUACCGAUAAUUAUUGCUGCAACAAUGCUGCAACGCGAAAAAUCGAGGCAGGCUGUAGUGUGAUUUACUUUGGUUAUUCUAAUCCUGUUGACUUGCGAGGCAAAUUAAUGUUAAAUUUUUAUUUAAGAUUUUAUUUUUAGUUUUUAUAUUUCUAGCUUUAUUUAAUUAGGUUUUUUAUUGAACAAUAUAAGAUUGCUUAUUCCAAAUUUGAUAUAUUGAAAACAAUUUAGAGAAGGCAGACAUCGAUCAGUUUUUCUACUACGCAUUAGAAAUUUUCAUUAUUUUAUGAAUUGCUACAGUUUUGUAACAUAGAACAUUUUUAGUGGAAUUUUUCCAAUCAUAUUUCCAUUUUUUUAAAAGUCUGAAUAUCUUAUAUUAAGCAUUUAUUUUAUAUUAAAUGUGAAAAGUGUAAAAAAAUGUAUCAGAUCUAUAUUUGAUUUCUGGAUUAACAUUUGAAAAGAUGACAAAGUUAAUUACGCGUAUUUGUGUCUACGAUCACUUUCAAUGAAAUUAUCAAGAGAUUCCUUCAAUAUUUAUACAUAUCUAAAACGAGGGUCUUGCGAGGAAAAUGAGAAGCGCUUACAAUUGUGAAUCGAGGCAUUAUCAAGAGCAAACGAUCUUUAUCUUUAUGCUGCUCUAUCUCAUCGAUAUAAGGAUGAUUCAAAACUGAUUGCUCUUUAAUACAACACACGUGUAAAGAGAACGAGUCGAUGAUAAGCAAUGUCUCACUUUGGCUUGACAAACAUAAUCAAACGAUGAGGCGGAUGAUGAAUCAAAACGCGUGUUAAUCGUAUAAUACGGCUGACUUGCUCAGUGCUCGCUAUAUCGAACAUUAAUAUUUAUCAAUUACUCACAUAAUCAAUCGUGUAACAUUGUCUAAACUUACUAAAGAUAUUAAUGGAACGGAGGAUUGCUUAAACCUUUGGCUCAGUCACAUUUUUUUAUAUUUUACUUGAAUAAAUAGAAUGUAGAAAAAUUAUACACACUGAAAAGAAUUUAUUGUAUGGAACAUUAUUUAUUAAAUUGUACUAUUGUGUCGUCCUAGCGGCGUAGUAAAGCACUGAAAAAAAAACUAUUGGUCGUUUCGCUUUACUAAACGUCUCGCUAUUAAAGAUUUGAUAAGAGGUGUAGCUCGUUAGAGCUGCAUUACGCAACGAAGUCCUCCAGUUUGUGAUUAACAGAUUUAUUUUUGUAAACGGGAAUACUCUGCGAUUUUUGUACAAUUGCGAGCAAAAUGACAUUUAUUAAUAUGUAUGCCAAAUCAACGAAGUGAACAAAAUUCAUCGAAAUAUAAUUAUAUGAUAGAGAUCUCUCUCACGGCCUGAUCGAAUAAUAGGAUGCGUAUCUGAAUCGCAAAAGUGUAACUCUUCGUCCAAAGGAAAUGCAAAGACGUUAAAACUGACGAGAAAGUAGUCGAAUUUUUUAUUAAAUAUUUUAUCAAAUAAUCCAGAAUGACAACACGCACACAAUUAAUUUUUUACAUAAUUAUUAUCUCGUUUCUUCACUCAUAAAUGCAGAUGCUUUAAAAAUUUGACGAUUUCUCAUCAUUUUCUCGGUACUGUCUUAAAGUUUUCUUUAGACUUUUGCAUAUUUUCAGACAUGCGACAGAAUGCCCAAAGCCUAUGUUAUCGCAACGUUAAGAAACGAAUUAUUUUUUAACUAUAGAUUAACAAAGAUCGUCCAAAGAUAAAACCCAAAAAAUAUUUUUACUACGAAAACGAAAGACACAUGUAGAGAGAAGUGUUAUAUCUAUAUAAAUACACACACACACACACAUAUAUAUAUUUUGAUCGAGCGAGACACGCGUUUAUUUUAAGAAAAAGCAACAUUAUUAGUAUCUAGUCGAUUUAUAAUAUUUCUUUUUAAAGGCUUUUUUAUAGUUGUGAUGAUAAAAGAAAAAUAAGAAAAGAAAU